AUGGGAAGAGCUUCGUCGGCUUCGGCGAUAUCAGGAGAAAGUAUUGGUCCCUUUGAUAAGAGCCUGAAAGGCAAUGAGCGAAAAAAACAUGAAAGUGAUGAACAUGGUGUGGAGCCUGUCGUCCCCUACGUCCACACAUUGUUUGAUGUACACCUUAUAGAGGAAAAGAGAAAGCUUGAAGAACAAGAAAUCGUGACAUUGUGCUCUGAGUUCUUCACUGCCGGCACUGAUACUACCUCCACAGCUCUAGAAUUGAUAAUGGCUAAUUUGGUGAAGCACCCACAAAUUCAACACAAGUUAUUCGAGGAAAUCAAAGGAAUUAUCUCAGAAGGAGAAGUGGAGAUUAAGGAUGAACAUUUGGGUAUGACGCCAUAUCUUAGAGCUGUUAUCUUAGAAAGUUUAAGGCUUCAUCCUCCGACCCAUUUCUUAAUCCCACGUUGUGUAACCAAGGAUGUUGUUCUGGGUGGAUUUUUGGUGCCAAAGAACACCGUUGUAAUGUUUGUCGAAUCGGAAAUGGGUCAGAGUCGGGACGUAUGGGAAAAUCCGAUGGAAUUCGACCCCGAUGGAUUCAUGAGCGACAGUGAUGGAAGAAAAUAA